AUGCCUGUUACCAUGAACUUCUCUUCUGGCCCCCGUGGCAUCCAGCGCCGUACUCCAGGAUACUCCUUCGCUCAGGGCAAGGCUGCUGCUACCAACAAAAACACCCAUGCUGAGCCUGAAGCCUUCAACCAGUGUGACUUCUCUGUCACCCCCUUAUCUCCUCGACCAACUCCUCCAAACCCACCACCAAGCCCGGUUUAA